AAGACACCCACCUUUUCUAAACGAUGAUGCAGCCGAGAGAAAGUGAGGAGGGGGAAAGAGUGCACAGACAGCAGGGAACAGCUGCAGCUCACGGUUCGCGGAGAAGAAUCUCACUGCAUUGCGAUUAACAGAAAAAAUAGCCAUAGACUUACUUACACUCGAUCUAGAAUAACGUAAAUAAGCAAUCCAACACAUUAAACAUGGUUGACCGUGAGCAGUUGGUGCAGAAAGCCAGGCUGGCUGAACAAGCUGAGAGAUAUGAUGAUAUGGCCGCUGCAAUGAAAUCGGUAACAGAGCUGAAUGAGGCCCUGUCCAACGAGGAGAGAAACCUCCUGUCCGUGGCCUACAAGAACGUGGUGGGGGCCCGGAGGUCCUCCUGGAGGGUGAUCUCCAGCAUCGAGCAGAAGACGUCGGCCGACGGCAACGAGAAGAAGAUCGAGAUGGUGCGCGCCUACCGGGAGAAGAUCGAGAAGGAGCUGGAGGCUGUGUGCCAGGACGUGCUCAACCUCCUCGACAACUUCCUGAUCAAGAACUGCAACGAGACGCAGCACGAGAGCAAGGUGUUCUACCUGAAGAUGAAGGGCGACUACUACCGCUACCUGGCCGAGGUGGCCACCGGCGAGAAGAGGGCGGCGGUGGUGGAGUCGUCCGAAAAGUCGUACAGCGAGGCGCACGAGAUCAGCAAGGAGCACAUGCAGCCCACCCACCCCAUCCGGCUGGGGCUGGCACUCAACUACUCUGUGUUCUACUACGAGAUCCAGAACGCGCCGGACCAGGCCUGCCACCUGGCCAAGACGGCCUUCGACGACGCCAUCGCCGAGCUGGACACCCUGAACGAGGACUCCUACAAAGACUCUACGCUCAUCAUGCAGCUGCUCCGGGACAACCUGACUCUGUGGACCAGCGACCAGCAGGACGACGAGGCCGGCGAGGGCAACAACUAAAGAGGGUGGUUCGACGACUUUGAGAGAAAAAAUUUAAAAACACACACCCAACACGAAGAGCCGGUGGACUGGGGGCAGAGCGCUUUUGCCGAUGAAACUACCGCAGCAGUUGUUUAUUUUUCCAUGUGUUAAAUAGAAUGGAAAGCGAGAGAGGGGGGGAGCAGAGGUUAAAUCUUAGUUUUAGAUAUAUAUUUAAAGAGAUAUAUAUAUACACACGGUUUGAGAGAGGGUCUUGUUGAUUUUCUCUUUGACAUCUUUGCCAAAACCACUGACAUGUCAGUCAAUCAGCCUGAAGUGGUCGAUGUUGGAUUGAAAUGGCAGCCUCACACUGGCAAAUAGGAACUGGUUCUGGUCCUAAGGAGAUAAACUGCUUAGUUAGGAUUUUGCGUGACAGAGAUGCAUAGGAGACAUUUGAGAGUUAAACAUGAAUACAAAAAAAAAAGCUUGAAUGAGAAUGCCUCAAAAAAAAUAAGUUUGCGUUGGUUCCAGUGCUGGACUGAAGGACAAUAGGAAGAUGUGAGCCUUUGGUUCUGAAUUUGAUCAUACGACCCAGAGUUUAGGAUUUUAAUCUGGUCCGAAUUGACCCUGUUAUUUCUAAAUUGGAUGAAAAUAUAUUGAAGACAUAUUAAUAAAUAUUCCCUCUUGCUAUCUUUGGCAAUGUUUGGCGUUUCACCUAUUAAAUGACAUCUGUCCUAUCUAUGACAACUAGGUCACUGGAACCAUAGAUUAUUUCGGAGGUAAAGAUUGCUCAAGGCAGAGACUUAACCAUAUAAGACAGAAAAAAUUACUUAAAGCAGCUUCAGAGUUUGUGGUUUACUUCUGUGUUUGUUUUAUUAAAUGCACUUGCCUACUAUACUGUUUAUUCAGUGUAAGAUGAUAACGACAAUAAUAUCGACUAUUCAAUAUUGUGCAUGCUGGUGAUGUAUUUAUAUCCAGUAGCUUGACUUUAUUAAAUUAUACUGUGGGUGUUAAGUAUUCCUAUGAUUGAGAAAACAGGCUUUGUCUGAUGUUGAUUUCUAUUUAUGUUGGAUUCAUUUUCUGUUAUGGUUUUAAUUUGCUAUACCAAAAUGGUGUUCGUAAAAAUUGACCUGUAAUGGGAGUUGCUAUAGUGAAAUGCAAUAUGUGUAUUUAAUUUAUUAAAGAUAAAAAAAAUGAAUAGAAUAGAGAAAAACACACCAGUGAUCCCUUAAUCUCAUCUGCUGGUGUUUGUCAGAUUUGAAGUAUGGUCUUUUCGCCCAUUAAAACUGUAUUUAAGUACUUUAUUUUAUCAUGCUUUUCAGUUUCACUAAUCGUAACGUUUCCAAAUCUACCUUCCACUGAUGAAUUCAAAUCAUGGACCAUAUUUUUUUUGAUUUUAUUUAACAUAUGUAUUGUUUUUAUACCUUUCAGCUGUUCUUGAGUGGCAAAAUAUCUUGAAUGUGUCAUUAUGUAGCAGUUGCACAAGAACCUAAAGUACAGCUAUGAAAAUAAAAAACAAUAUGACAAAAUUAUUAAUGCACCAUAUUCUGGUGUGUAGUGAGUUGUUGUAAUGUCACCCAAUGGUAAACUUUGCUUUAAAUGAAAACCUUUUGGGAUAAAAAAAAAA